UGAACUGAUGAUGGGAAAGAAUGUGUGGAGCUACAGUCCUGGUGUGAAUGGGAGCAGACAGCCUCAGAUGGAGCUCUAACUGCUAUUAAGCGUUCUCUUGUCGGUGCUGGCGAGGUCUGUGGAUACUCUGUGAAUCCCGAGGAGUGGACCGUUCCACGAUGAGAGACCGACUGGAGGAGCUGCAGUACUGGGCCGAGGAGUUUUCUGAGAGUGGAACUGAGAACACGAAUCCCUUCUCAGCGGAGGGCGGUGAUGAUGAUGAUGUGGCAGCCGGGGUCAUCACGCCACAAGCUGUGGUGUUCGAGGAGGAACCAAUCAUAGAAAAUUUCCUGAGUGAGGCUCAGCAAAUCCGAGAUGACAUCACGGCGCUGGAAACCGAGGUCCUAAAGUUCUCUCAGCAGCAGAAGACCCUGGUGGCGACCAUGCGUCGCUUCAGUGUGAUGAAGAAAGAGAGCAGCAUAACACGAAACAUCAAGCUCCAGGCCGAAAGCCUCCACCGCCGUUUAGAUGCGCUUUCAAAACAGGCCCAAACUACUGAGGAUCAGCAGGGACCGACGGCGGCUACAACCAGGAUACAGCGCUCCCAGCAUGCAGCGCUGUACCGCAAGUUCCAGCAGGUAAUGUGCCAGUAUAAUGAAGGUCUGCUGACCAAGCAGGAUCGCUGUAAGCACUUCAUUAUCCGGCAGCUCGAGGUGUCGGGGAGGGAUGUGACGGAGGAGGAGGUGAACGAGAUGGUCGCCACUGGAAACUGGGAGGUCUUCAAUGAGAACCUGCUGAACGACGCCAAGAUCACGCGGUCGCAGCUGUCGGAGAUCGAGCAGCGACACAAGGAGCUGCUGAGCCUGGAGAACAACAUGAAGGAGCUGAGGGACCUCUUCAUGGACAUCUUCGUGCUGGUGGAGCAACAAGGGGCCUACAUCGAGCACAUCCAGACCAACGUGGAGAGAACGCAGGACUACGUGGCCGUGACGAACGAGAAGUUCAAGAUGGCCGUCAGGUACAAGAAGAAGAACCCCAUCAGACAGCUGUGCUGCUGCUGCUGCCCUCCGUGGAGAUGCUGCUUAUAAAAUGCAAGAAAUUCUGCCUCAGCUGCUUCAAAAGUCUUCGUUACCUGCUGGAAGUAAGAAGCAGUGGAUCCAAGCACCAUUUAAGUGAAGGUAAUGGUACAGCAGGUUUCGCUGUUGGACAGAGCGAUGGUGAAGACAGAUUCAGCAGAGCAUAGAAAACAAUUAGGGGAAGGGCUAGAAUUGGUAUGGGAGGCACUUGUUUCUUUCCAGAGGAUGUGAAGCGACCGCUAUUGGAAGAGACAGUUCAGUGAGUGCUACUCACCAACACUGUUGCUUAUUGGAGACCUUCACUGUCAUCUGACAGAGGUCACAAACAAGGGGAGGCCACUGACACUGCUGGAUCAGCAAGACUCAGAUUCCACCAUUUUUCCACAAGAACCUCUCAUCUUUACUUUUUUUUUCUUCCCCCUGCCACAGGAGCUGUAGAUAAUGAGGGCAUAUUUUUUUAUACCGUAUAUGCACUUUAAGACUUCUUUUCUUUUGAGCACCAACUAAAACGUAGUAGACAAAAGAUUUUUAUUUCAAAGAUAUGGAGCCGCUGCAUAUUCAUUUCAUUCUUAGUCCACAUGCUGAUGAAAAAAAAAAAGAAAGAACUUGUUUUACAAUUAGUCAUUAGUUUCAUUUGCAUUUCAAAGUCUGAUCAUUUUCAAAGAAAGAAAGAGAAAAAAAGUGUUAUUUAAUUUAUACGGUUCCACAGAGGCAGGGAUUCAAGAGGAGCUCUGAAUAACGAGACUCGAUCAAAAUAUUUCUGUCAUGAUGACAAAAUCGCAGGAAAUCAUUGAAGUCGUUUGCUUUAAAUGCGACGGAAGAUUACUUUUCAGGGUGUAUUAAAAUUCUCUGUGUGCGUCGCGUCUCGCGAAAACAAUUCGGGAUUCUGUUGGAACUGUUUCAUUGUGCAGAUGAAGAAUUCUGGCAUCCGCGUGCAUCAUUAUUAUUUAUGUUAUUAUAGCGCACGAAGACGGAGGCUUCACAGAGAAAAAUGCCAGAACAACGGACUGAAACCCCAAGAAUAUGGUGUUUUCCCGAUAAAUAGAACCAGCAGACUGCUGACAGACAAUCAUCCUCUGUUUCCCCGUUUCCUUAAGCUGAGUUGACAAUAUUAACUCAUUAUCCCUGCCAGGGUCAUGGCAAAGGGAAGUGAUUCGGUGGGUAAUUCAUUCACUGUUGAUUCCGUUCACCGGCGGAGUGGCUUUAAACGAGGCUCUAAUCAGCAGUGACAGUGAUGCUCCUCAGUGAGGCACUGACCCGUGGUGUCUGGUGUCCGGGACAAAAAUACGGGUGAACUGGGAGUGUUGGGAGCCGUUCUGGAAAAUCUGGUUUGUCGACUAUCCCGGCGCAGCGGCAGGACCGUCGAACAGUGUGUCAAUAGAGCCUUUAGCAGAUGGUAAGAGGAUCUGCCUUGGUUAAAUAGUCUUCUGUUCACAUCAACUAAUCCUGUGUCCGUAACAACAUGAAAGACUGUGAACGCAUCAACAAUAACUUCAUGUAAAGAGUAAAGAGUGCCAAAAAUAAUGCUGUUUAUACGUCACUUUAAUUGCUCCCCCUGGUCUUCAUACACCUUAUGCGAUCUCUAACGAAACAUGUCAAUGCAGCUCUUUAAUUAUCCUCAGCUUCAGGAACAGAGUGAAGUGUUGGAAGACUUCUGCCAUCUGACUGGAAAAAGUCUUUUUGUGAAUCUUCUGCGUCGUACAUCAGUCUCUUCAAAAAAAUUAGAACGACAUAUUAAAAACCGAGACAAAAAACACAUCGAAUAUUUAAACUUGAAAAUCAAAUAAGGAGGCGGCGCGUUGAUCCCUCGUCCCUGACACGGUGAGGAAAAAUGAGGCGCUGCUGCAAAUUGGAGGGUUCCUGAACAGCAACAAUGCCAUCCAGUGUUCAGCCUGAUAAUUACCACUUAGAAGUGGGUUAUCAGUUAAUGUCUGAGGGCAUGCAGUCACACCGCUACGGGAUUGUGCGAGGCUCAAAACACUCAACUACACAGCAGGAACUUCACUCCUGAACAUUCUCAUGAUGAAAAUUUCUUUAUUUUUAGGCCAUUUAUUGCAGCUUAUCACUCAAAUUAAUCAAAACAGAUCAACAGGACGUGCUACUUUAAGGUCAGGGUCAUUUAAACGGUUGAUCUAGACGGAGACGAAUCCAGUUUAUUUUAAUGUGGAUGAGGUUUCUGUUUCUUAACUGGCAUUAAAAAAGCGACAACAACAA